UCUUGUACAUUCCCUGCCAUUGAGUCGCGAAGAAGCGGAAUUUCGUGUGCUAAAAGAGAGUGAUUAUUCUUCGAAUGGCAUCGAGAAAAAGUUCAAAAAUGCCUUGCAUGUGCCUAUAAAGUCGUGGCAAGUGGAACGACAAUCGAUUUUAUUUGUGAAUAAUGGUGCACAAUUUGUACACUCGGGUGAAAUUUUGCAUCGAAUCGAAGUGAAAAAGUGCCUCAAAGUUUUUCCUUGUGCCCCCCCCCCUCCCUUCGUCUGAAUAUAGAAGAAAAAAUUGGAGUGUUUCACACACACCCCGCUCACCCAUCAUCAGUCAGUCAGUCGAAGAAGAGUGUAGUGCGCCUCUUCUCACGCCAUACACAUUUCCCCUCUUUUUUCCUUGUGGUGCUGUAUCGUCAUCAUCAUCAUCGUCAUUAGUGGCAGCAGCACCGUGUAUCAUCGGAACACAGUGUUUGGAAUAACAACAACAGCAGCACCAAAAGUGAACCGACUGAAGCCUACACAGCUAGCUAGACUGCAAGCCAGCCAGCCAGCAGAAAGCAAAGAAGCACGGAGGAGGACGGGAACGACGGAAGGUGUAUUUCGACCGGGACGAAAACGAGGAGCGCAGCGCAGAAAAGAGAACCCCCGACAUCGGAUCGUCAUCAUCAUCGCCGCCGCCGCCGUGGUCGUCACAGUCGUCCGUGCCUUUGGGACCACCACCGGAGGAGCUGCUGCUGGAUGCACUCACACAGUCACGCGAACGUGUUUUUUCUGUGUGUGAAGAAGCGGUCAUACCCGUUGCUUUUCGGGCUACACAUCUCGACAGAUUUGGUGGACCAUCGUUCAACUUCCGAAUCGAAGUGAAGGAAUUCAUGGGACAAAGUUGCCGCUUGGAAAGGUCACGGUACCGAUAGAGAAGAAGUAGAAGUGGUGACGAGGAAAGAUGUAAUUGUUUUCGCCACGGUGUGAAGUGCGUUGAGAGGCGAGAGACCCCUGUCGAAGAAUUUCGGAAGCAAGAAAAAGAAAAGGGGGAAUCGAUUGCCGAAACAAGUGAGAAAAGAGUGUGUGAAAUAAAAUGAAACUAGUGUAUCGGGAUCGAUUUUCCUACUGCUGCUACGACAACGACGGCGACGAUCAACUGCUGCUAGGCUGCCGUUGUGAGAAUGCUGCUGUUGCCAUCCAGGAACGUUGGUUGUCAUCUGCUACCACUAAGGCAACUUCCUGUUCCUGCUGUUGCUGGCAGAGUCCACAGACACACUGCCCCGAGGAAAUUCGAGACUGUCUGCAGUGCUGCCCAUCAAGGUAUACCCAGGAAUGUGAGUUGUUGGUUCUUGUGGGAUCCUCAAGUGCUUCGAUUACCCACGGUGAGUGCUGCAACGUCAACAGUUCGCAGUGUGACCGUCAGCAGUAACAGCAACAACACAAACCAAUCGGAAUCAUCGUACUGCCAACUUCAAAAUCAAGAAUCUAGCAACAACAGCAGCAGCAGCGUUCUCGAUUCCACAAGCGUCCCGGCGGUGCUACAGGUGAACUACCACCACCCACCCAGAAGAAAUCCUCUGGUCAAUUAAAUUACUAAAACCUCACCGUAAGAAGGCAAAAACUGACCACCCAAAAGCAGCGCAGUGUUGUUGUAUCGGAAGGAAAAAAAGUGCAUAAAAAAUUGUGUAUAGUUCUUUUUUUUUCGAGUACAUGUUCAUUAAAAGAAAAGCAAAAUAGUUUAUUACCCCCUGCUGCCGUGUGCAUUGGAACGAGAGCAAGAGACUCGUCGGCGAAAAAGAAGAAAACGAAGACGGAGAAAGACUCCACCGUGAAAGCGAAGUACAGAAGAAGAAAACCCCAAGUGAAAAAUUACAAGAAACAAAGUGUCAGAAGCAAAAUAUAAGCGCAAGAGACGACGUACGUGAGAGAUAGCCCCGAACGAAGAAGAACCAGAAGCAGACGCAAAAGUAGCAGAAGAAGACGCCGAGAAGCAAACCUCUCUUCAUUCAUAAGCAAUGAAUAGGAAUAUAGUAAAAUUCUAUGCAAUACUAUUCAUCAUGCUGUCAUCAGUUGUGUUAAUCACAGACUGCUGUUCGAGCAGAUCCAUGCCAAAAUCGCGCCCGCGGCCCGUAUCACACUUUCGUGGUGUCAUCACGACCUCGUCGGCAAAGAUUACGACCACCAAUGGCAAUGGGGACUCGACAACAUUCACCCUGAUAACCACGAAGACAACGUCGACGAUCAGCGAAGCCCAGUCGGAAACGACCUCCACGGUAACGGAUCCCCGUAGUGGACCCGGACCUGGAGGUGGCAGCGGUAGCCCCGGCGGGACGAGCAGUAAUGCCGGUAACAGCAAGGACCAGUUGAUGCGGAUGGGCAAGUGCUCACUGCUCUUCGAGGAAAACUACUGCCUGAACGGUGGCAAGUGCUACAACUUUACGAUCGCAAACUCGACGAUGCCAACGUGCGAAUGUGCCGACGGAUUCAUGGGUGAACGGUGCGAGUCAAAGUACUUAGAUGGGACUUACCUAAGCAUGCGUAAGUCCAAGAUUCACAUCGAAACCGCCAGCAUCUACUAUGGCGCGUUUUUGGCACUAAUAGUGGUGCUAGUAUUGCUAUACUUCCUGCAUUGCUUCCAGUCAUCGUCCUCCUCGGCAGGAGGCAGCAAACUGCUGAAGAAGAGCAAAAAGGUGAUGGCUCCUCUGCCCUAAGCGCCUAAGCACACUCUCCGAUUAUUGGAAAGUACUUACACCGAGCCAGGUCGUAUUAUUUCGUUGUAUUGUUCAUGUUGGUUAGGCUAGUAGAAGUAGGAAGGUUGAUUCCGAGAACGACGGUAAAUUACGGACAAAUUUAGACAGCUUUCUUUUGUAUGUAUUUAUAUGGUCCCCUCCGGGCGAGGGGCUGAAUUAUAAAUAGUUCUGUACAAAGCGGAACGCUCGAACCACCAGACUCAGACAUAGAUUGGAUCCAAUCUGAAAGCAGCUCCAUUCGAGCCGUUCGAAGUGAUAUCGGUAUAGGCCAGUGUUUUUUGCAUGCAGAUGUGCAUUGCAUGGGAAUGAUAGAAACGAAGGGAAUCACCUCGAAUAUCGAAUUGCGAUACAUUUCGGAUUGAGAUACUCAACACACACACACACGGCUAGAGACAGAAUGAAACCAGAUAGAGAGAUAGACAGGAGAGAACGCGAUUAUUAUUCGAUUUAUAAAUUUGCUCCAUCAGAUAUUAUUCCCCUCCCAAGUGUAAAAAUUAGCUGCUUAAGUGCGAUAGUGUGUAAGAAAAAGUAUCGUUCGUUUUCUAGGGUUAGGAAAAGUAAGUUAGUUAGAGAUAAGAACAAAAGCAUCACGAAUCCGACUAUAGCCAAGAGAGCAACAAACAAUAACAGAUUAAAAACCGAUAACCAGUCGAAAUUUCAUUCCCAAACCACAUACGACUCAACAAACUGCAAUAGUUCCAUCCUUCAUUCCCGCCAAAACACAGAACAAACAAUAGAUUAAUUACAGUAGGGUAUUUUUUUCUUUCUUUCUUCACUCAUCAAACUAAUGAGCCAAAGAGUACGUUUUAGUACUUUUAGAAUUUGUAAGUUGCAGCUUAUAUUUUUGUUUUUUUUUUCUUGUGCGCAAUACAGAUAUUAUAUAAUAGUAUUUCUCACAUUAUGUAGAAUAAAAAUCAUCGAGAAUGUCCAAUCAAUGGAUUGUCACAUACGUCACACUAUCAUACACAUACACACACACACACGCGCGCGGAGCACUCUGUAAGAUAAUACAUUGUGGUCAAAAUGGUAGUACCUUCCCGUACCAGAUGGCGAGGAAGGUCACCGAUUAACAAUAUCGAAUCAGUAUUAUAGAACCUAUUGGGCGAUCAAUCGCCGCGACACUCACAAACCACCCUCAUCAUCCUACUCCUUUUUUUUCUCGUUUGUUCGAUUUAUCAACAUCAGCAUUUAUUCCGCUUGCUUGCAACGGCAGUAACCGAUGCAGAUAUUGAAGUUGGCGCAUUAGGGUGACAAUGAAUAAGUUUUUGAACCCGGCUAUAUACACUAUGUUCAUUGCCUCGAAAGAAGACCAAUCGGGCAGGAUUUGGGGUGGCGAAAAAUCGUCAAAAUUUGAACUUUUAUCAUCUGACUAAUCUUUUAAAGUGAGGAGUAUAUGAAAUUUAGGAAAUCAAGCUCAAAUUUUGCAUAGGAUCUUUUUGCUAAGCAAUGAACAUUUUGUGUAUGGUCGGUUUGAAAAAUUCGAUGGUCACUUUUUUACCAUACAUUUCGUUGGCACCCUAAUGCACAUUCGCGUCGUUAGAAAUGUUUGAUUUCAUUCUAGCCUUACACAUGUUGUUUUUUUUUUUUUAAUUUGUUGAUUUUGAACGAACACUGAAUUAAUUCAGCUUUAAUAAAUGCAAUUUUAAGGACAUGGUUGUUGAAACCAAUGCUAACGAUAGAGCACUGACAGUUUUAUUUAUGAACCGCUCCUGCAAGCCAACGAAUACAGAGUAUUAGUAGGACUAUCUGUCACAAAGACUGACCAAUCUCACGCUUUAUCAUACAAACGGCAAGAGACAGACACUAUAUCGCCAUCUACCGGUUAUAGGUAAAAGCUCCGAACGAAUUCGAUAGCAAAGAAGCCAAAAUCUAAUUAAUGGUUUGCGAUGGUUUCACUGAAAACGAAACUAACCUUCAGAGAGUGAGUCACUUUUACUCAAUUAGUAAAAGUGACUCACUUUCUGAGUAAGAUUCGUUUUCAGUGUUUACCUUAUUUUGUCGCUUGUUUUCUGGCAGAGUUGCCAGUCUUUUUGAUUUACUAUCUUCGGUAUUCGUCAGAUUACUAAAAAUCACUUUUGAUAGUCAACUUUUGGAUUAGGCAUUCAGACUUUCAAACUCAAGAGUUGACAUUCAAAACGAAAGUACACAUUAAUCGUUAGUGGUUAGUCGAGAAUGUUGUACCUAAAAUGGUAAUAGGGUAAGGUAUGAUAAGAUGGGUCAAUUAGUACAUUUAUUAAUUUAUUUGUUUAUCAAUAUCAACAGGUUCAGUGCAACCCCAAUGGUGUUUUGCUUUUAUAAACCUGUUUUAAUGCUACAUUGAGUAUGUUGAUGUUGUCAAAAAAUCAAAUAGAUGACCCAUCGUAAAUUGUAACCUAAUUGAUCCACCUUACUCUAUUAUUUUUCUUUGGUUAACCUGUUUGUCUAAUACCACAGAUUGUUGUAGUAUGGUUGCGGAAGGUAGGUACUUUGGAAAAAUCUAGAUCAGCUUUUCUCAACUGUCGCUAAAAUUGGGACUACGCCCAAAUUCCGAAAUAAAGCAUUUUUGAUCAAUUUUUCAUUAGCAACCAAUAAUAGCCAUUUGUAUUAUCCGGAUAAUGCAUUGUCCUAAGGAAAAUUGAAGAACAAGGGACUUCCCAUCUGCAAUCUCAUUACAACACCUAAUUUCAGAAGUCAAAUACUACAUGUUAACCGUUGCCACAAAUAGUUAUCCCUAAUCGAUCAAUACUCACUUAAAAAAGCUGUCGUCCUUUCGGAAAUCCGAGAAAGAAUAAUGCAAAUUUCUGCACGCGAAGAAAUUAUUUGGUUCCUAUCAACUGAUAUGUUGAAUUUAUUUAUGUAACGAAAAUUUUGCAUCACAUUUAUUACGAGAAAAUAACUUCCCACACACGAGAUGGAAGAACUCUCUAAAAGCAACUAACAUUCCACCCUUUAUAUAUGUAUGCUUAUAAUUAUUAUGUAUUUAACAAAAGAAAGGUCUACUUAUAUUAUUGCUAUUACCCUUAUAAAUGUAAGAAAAUACUUCGUACGGACCCCUGGUUCUCACAUUAGACAAUAAGCAACUGUCACGAAAAUUUGAGAACCACGGCGUAAAAGUGACUCAAUUAUACAACUACACACAACUUACACGUAUACAUACAUACACACACACAUACUGCAUAUAUUCUUACAACAGAAGAUAACACGCUUCAAGCCUUAUUCGAAAGUGAAAAUCAAAUCAAAACAUUAAAUCCUAACACUACGCGUUGCCUUUUCUCAUAUUGAAGUAAAAUAAAAUAUACACUAUUUUCUAUCAACGCGGCACCAACAUUUCAAAAGGGCGAAACUGCGCUGGUGAACAUUUUCAAUUGAAGUCACUGAGGUUCGCCCAUUUGAAAUAUUGCUGCUGAACGACAACAAACCACGACGAUUAUUAUACACUUUUGGAGUGAACUCUUCCGCCCCAAGCAAAACAAUAGCAUGUUUCUUGUAAAAAGUUUGUCCACUAAGAAGAACCCUCUAGGUAGAGAAAAAAAGGUACGGAAAGAAAAAUCAGAAUUCAAUGUUGUUUAUUUUAGCUUUUAUAGCUCGUUUAUUAUAUUGCAACGAGUAACACUAUUUAAUGAAAAUGGUAGAAACCAAUCUUACUACUAAACAUAAUAACAAUUUGCUUACUACGAAAACAAACGAAAUAGCACUCACUGGCAGCAUUUUUUUUUCUCACACGUAUAAACCGAGCAAACACACGGACUCAUACUUGUACACUCACUUAAAAUGUUAUUUGUUGAUUUUUUAUGGCGGAAAAAAAUGGUACACAAAAGGAAAGGGAAAGAAACAUGUUACGUGGAAACUAAAAAAGAAAAUACGGCAAAGACUGAUGUAUAUGUCUUAAUCUAUUUAAAGAAAAAAGAAAACAAGAGAAGUAACUAAAACUACAUUUUUACUAUACACAUUUUCUAGAAUCUCAGUGACAAGAAACACUAAACAACGAAGAUCUUUUUUUUUUCCUAAAGAAACAAAAAUCUGAAGAUAAAAACAGGAAGCGACAAUAACACUUUUAACCUGUUCUAAUUAAGAUAUCCAGUAGAGGGAAUCAAAAACAAAACCAACUUAAUAAAGCUACAAAAGGCAAAAUAAAAAAAAAAUAAAAAAAAUAAAGAAGGUGAAAAUCAAAGUGUCUACACGAUCAAUAAUUAUUAUUUAAAAAUAUUAAAACAUUAAAAAUUA